UUCAUGUUAUUUAAUUACUUGGUCCUCAUUACUUUGGCGGGGAUUUCUGGGCCUAGAUUUCUCAACAGAAACAACAACUUAAAGAAAAAGACUCCUCUUAGGCCCAUGGAACAUUUGGAUUGGCGGAUUUCGUAGACGAUUCAUGCAAAGAUGUCAGACUUUCAAGUGUUAUGUGUGAAGAUCGGGAACAAUGAAGGCACACGACCACUCAUAGAGGAAGCUUACAAGUGCCUUCAAGAAGAGAAGAUGUCACCUUCAUGGUGUACUGAAGACAAGUGCCUGCAGGUCAAAGAGAAGAAGAAAGGAGUGAUUUUCAUAUUUGAACUCUUCGAGGGUGCUGCAUACAAACAUGUUGCAAGUCUUGGCAGCAGGGUAUUUGGUCCGAUGUGCAUCAUAACUUGCCUGGCAUGUAAACAGAACAUUCCGCGGAAGUACCGACCCAUAUACAACCUGGCAAUGAAGGACAUACUGGUGUGCUGCUCUAAUAUUGAUAAAGCAGAAAGGACUAUGAUACAAGAGAGGGUUGAAUUGAUGGGGGGCGAGUAUACCAAGGACCUGACGGAAGGUGUCACACAUCUGGUGGUCGGAGCUGUAGGGGGCAGUAAAUAUCUGGUGGCUGGAUCACGCAGUAUCCAGAUCAUGCUGCCCCAGUGGAUUGAGAACGUAUGGCAGAAAUCACAACUGAGGGCUGCCCACGGCCUCGAUGAACAGUUCCAGCAGGACGAGUGCCCCAUUUUCAAGGGCUGCGUGAUCACCGUGUCUGGGCUACACACCACUGCCAGGAAUGAAGCCAAGAGACUCAUCGAGAAAGAAGGUGGCGUAUACUCUGGUGAAAUGAAGGCCAAGGAAUGCACACAUUUGAUUAUUAAUGAAGCAAAAGGUCAGAAGUACCAGUUUGCCAAGAAGUGGGAGCUUAGCAUAGUGCGGACAGAGUGGCUGUACGACUCCAUAGAGCGUGGCUACUGUCUGAGCCCGCAGGAUUACGGGCUGGAGGAGGGAGGGCCCACGGGCAUGAAGACCUCAACGCCAGAAAGGCAGAGCAUGACAGGAGCUAUCAACGACAUCAGUAACAUCUCCAUGAUAUCCAUGGCAAACGUCAACGAGACGGCAAACUCCACCAGCAUGAUGACACGUCUUGACAACAACGCGGUCACAAGACUCGAUGACCCUACUGAUAACCUUGACCUUACCAAGACCCCAGCUGACAUGUUCCUGGAUGGUUGCAAGAUUUUCUUGAGUGGUUUUCGCGGGGCCUCUUUAGAAAGGCUGAGAAAGAUUAUCAAUGCUGGAGGUGGAACCAGGUUUAAUCAGAUCACAGAGAACCUCACCCACAUGGUUGUGGGGGAGCUGAUAGCUAGUGACAUUGAGCAGGUGAAAUCCCUGCUUAACAGGCCCCACGUUGUCAGCUCCAAAUGGCUGGUAGAAUGCUACAAGCAAGAGUCGCACGUCACAGAGGCCGCCUACCUUAGUGCACAUGUACCCAGCGUUCAGCCCAAAACUCCAGACAGUAAACUACUCAAAAGAAAGUCCUCUGUACAGACAAACAAGGACCAAGGUCCCAGCUCUGCUCAGACAAGACCCCCUACCGAGACUGGUGAAGAUAUGCAGGAUAUCAUGAGUCAAUACCUCAAUAACCCUGCUGAUGGUACAGUGGAAGAUAAUGAUGAGACCAUGGCUCCCGCAGUUGCAGCCCCUGUAGACCCACAUGAUCUGACACAAGACCCGGAUGCUACAGCAGGAAUCGGAGACAAGAUAUUCGCUGGGAAGACGUUUGUUUUGUAUGGCUUUGAUGAAGAAGGGAUUCCGGCCCAGACGGCGUAUAUCAAGGAGGGCGGAGGUGUGGUGCUACAAACAUCAGACAGGCAUAUCCCUGACUAUGCCAUUGUGCCGAUGGACGGUUUUCCUGUAGACAGGACUGUGAACAACAUCGUGACUAACACCUGGAUGCAAAUGUGCAUGGAGCAGAAUGCCUUGCUGGAUGUGGACAGCAACCCUCUGUUUACACCAAUAGAGAUCAACAUGGAGGGAGCUCCACUGAAGGACUGUGUACUCUCAAUCAGUGGUUACAGUGGCACAGAGAGGGACAUUCUUAUAAGCAUAGCAGAGGUGCUGGGAGCUACAUGCCAGGAUUAUUUUGUGCGCACUGCAAAGAACAACCUUUUACCCAGUACCCACCUUGUGGUAAAUGCGGCUGAAGGCUCAAAAUAUGAGGCUGCGAAGAAAUGGGGAAUACCAGCCCUUUCCAAACUUUGGAUUUUGUCCUGUGCUCGACAGGGUAAAAAAGUUCCAGAGGACAAGUACUUGAUUGAAAUUGUCUCCAAUGACAACCUGAUGUCUCAGGUACCCACGGUGGAAAACCAAAAUGGCUCAGUUUUGGAAAAUAGAUCUGGUAGGGUUUCUGUUAGGGAAGCCAACCCAUCUGAGAUUGGCCAACAAAACAUAGUAGACUCAAAAGAAGCUGAUGGAGCCCAUGUGAACAAAAGUAACGGGAAAAUAACUGAUGCAGAAUCAAAUUCUGGUGGAACUAACAAAGUUGCGGAGCGUAAAGGAGAGAAAAAUAUUGGUGCUAAACUUAAGCAGGGAAAUAAUGAGAAGGUUUCAGCGGUAGGCGAUCACGGAUUUUCUCAGACAGAUGGGGAUUUCAUGGAGAACAACGACUCAGAUGCCAUGCUACUGCAACUUGAAUCUCAGGAAAAUUACCAGCCAGUCAUUCCAGUUGUUGAAACAGAAUUGAAGACUACUGCAAAGGACCGGGAAGUAAAACCGGCCUCGACUUCUGUUGCAAAUAACAGGGAUAUUAAUGUCAAUGAUGUGUCUAGGAAUACUGACAUUGCUGAAGCACCAGUGGUGAAUACUAAAGAUGGUAAAGCUUUGAAUAAAAAUCUUCUUCCUGCAACAAAACAUGUUGCACCUGCAGAAACUCCCCCUUUUGAGAGAUUGAAAAGGAGAUGGGACAAGAACCCCCCUCUUACCGGUACCCCUGUCCUAACUAAGCAGUCUGCUAAAGACAAGCUGAAGGAGAUGCCGGCCAGGAAGCACAACUGGAGAUAUGACGACUGGGUGGCAAAGAAUGACUGGACGGCAAAGAACGGCAGUAGUCAGAAAGAGAACCUGGGGCUGGCCACCUCAACGCCGGUGCAAUCUAGGGUGAAGGAACUGAAGAGGCAAGAUGGAAAGAAAGUGGACAUAGACACGCCCAGCAAGUUCCUCAACCCGAAUGUGAGAUACAUUCCCAAGUUUGAGACCGAGGAGUUUCUCGCAUCACUGCAAACCCCAGAGGAUGUGAGAGCUGCAAGGGCCAAAAGAAAGCCCAGUCUGAACGACAGUGAGCUGUUCGAGCUGAUGAGAGCCAAGAUGGAGGUGACCAUUGAACAGAGGAGACAGGAGCGCGAGAGUGCUGUCGCCUCAUCCCAGCGACAAAACGACGAAGUGGACGGAGAUUACGAGGAUGUCCCAACUGCGCUGCAAGGCGUGGUGAUCACUGUUGCUAGACGACUGGCCAAGGACCAGGCAGAGUUUAAUGAGAUUGUCACGUGUCUGGGAGGGGAGUAUCGUUGGACCAUCGACAAUACUUGCACCCAUUUCAUCUUUCAGGGUCGGCAGAACGAUACGACUAAAGAUUUCAAACAAGCAAAGGCACAGGGCUUGAAAAUUGUCAGUCCCCAUUGGUUGUACAUGUGUAAAGAACAGAAUGUUAGAGUGGAUGAAUCGCUGUUUCCUCACACCUUUAAUCCCAACCUUUCCCUGGCGGUGGUUACCACCAGAGGAACACCCAUGCGCACUCCACGUGUACGACGGAACAUCAAAAGUGUCACAGAGCCUCCCAAAUCGGCUGUUACCGCAAAAAAAUGAAGCUGAAAAAACUUCCCCAUCUGUCGAUAGAAAUUCCGAGGGAGGCAACUCUGGGUCCGGUACACCGGCAAGAAAGGGAGGCAAAUCACCAGUUGCGAAUCUGGUCUGCAAAUUGACUGGCAGUCUGGAUAA